AAUGAGGGAGGAGGGAAGCCAGGGGUCAGCGGCCGCAGCUGCCGUCCAAGCCGCCAGCGGUCGCCACCCUACGAGCUGGCCCUGCUGAGCCCCGUCCCCAAACUCUCACUCAAUCCCACCGCCCGGCGGCGCCGGCUAACCGGCAGAGUGUGGGCCCUGCCCGCGGGGCUGGUGGGUGGGCACACAGCCAGCGGACUCAAACCUGGGCGCCUCCCGGCCUCGGCCUCACCUGAGGCGGCGAUCGGGGCCCGGGCCGGACGCCGCCUCCUUCCCAGCGGCGGGCCCGGGUCCAGCAGCGACGUCCCGCCGUGAAACGCCCAUUGUCUGCUGAGGCCGAGGGGGAGGGGACGGCCGUAGCCUGAGACCAGACACCAGGAGGCCGGGGCUGGGGGAAGGGGCCGCCCUGCCCCGUCCUCUUCCCCUCCCCCACCGGGGCGGCCAGACACCUGUGACUCCGGGCCGCCUGGCGGCCGGCGCUCGACUGUUCGAUGCGCUUCACACACAAGCGGGAUACCCUUGAGGUCCCGGCGGUGGGGACAGGCGGACCGCGCGCUGCGCGGGACCAGCCGAGGCGCCGCCGGCCGCGAGGCCCGACAUUAAAGACAAACCUGGGACCCACUUCACGCCAGUGCCCCCAACGCCUCCGGAUGCGUGCCGAGGAAUGCUGUGUGGCUUCGGCGCCGUCUGCGAGCCCAGCGCGGAGGAGCCGGGCCGAGCCUCCUGCGUGUGCAAGAAGAGCGCCUGCCCCAGCGUGGUGGCGCCCGUGUGCGGCUCGGAUGCCUCCACCUACAGCAACGAGUGCGAGCUGCAGCGGGCGCAGUGCAGCCAGCAGAGGCGCAUCCGCCUGCUGCGCCGGGGGCCCUGCGGGACCAGGGACCCCUGCUCCAAUGUAACGUGCAGCUUUGGCAGCACCUGUGCGCGCUCCGCAGAUGGACUGACAGCCACGUGCCUGUGCCCUGCCACGUGCCUCGGGGCCCCCGAGGGCCCCGUGUGUGGCAGCGACGGCACUGACUACCCCAGCGAGUGUCAGCUCUUGCGCCAAGCCUGCGCCCACCAGGAAAACGUGUUCAAGAAGUUCGACGGCCCUUGCGACCCCUGCCAGGGCGCCCUCAACGACCUGAGCCUCAUCUGCCGUGUGCACCCACGCACGCGGCGCCCCGAGAUGCUCCCGCGGCCAGAGAGCUGCCCUCCGAGGCAGGCGCCCGUGUGUGGGGAUGAUGGGGUUACCUACGGUAACGACUGCAUCAUGGGCCGAACCGGGGCCACCCGAGGCCUCCUCCUCCAGAAAGUGCGCUCUGGCCAGUGCCAGCCUCGAGACCAGUGCCCAGAGGCGUGCAAGUUCAGUGCCGUGUGCCUGUCCCGCCGAGGCCGCCCCCGCUGUUCCUGCGACCGUGUCAUCUGCGAUGGGGCCUACAAACCCGUGUGCGCCCACGACGGGCACACAUAUGACAAUGACUGCUGGCGCCAGCAGGCCGAGUGUCAGCAGCAGCGCAGCAUCCCCGCCAAACGCCAGGGCCCGUGUGACCAGCCCCCGUCCCCGUGCCGCGGGGUGCAGUGUCCAUUCGGGGCGAUGUGUGCUGUGAAGAAUGGGGAAGCCGAGUGUGCGUGUCAGCGAGCGUGUUCAGGCAUCUACGAUCCUGUGUGUGGCAGCGACGGCGUCACGUACGGCAGCACGUGCGAGCUGGAGGCUACGGCCUGCGCCCUUGGGCGGGAGAUCCGGGUGGCUCGCCGAGGACCCUGUGACCGCUGUGGGCAGUGCCGCUUUGGAGCCCUGUGUGAGGCUGAGACCGGGCGCUGCGUGUGCCCCUCCGAGUGCGUGGCCUCGGCCCAGCCCGUGUGCGGCUCUGACGGGCGCACGUAUGCCAGCGAGUGUGAGCUGCACGUGCACGCCUGCACACGCCAGAUCAGCCUGCACGUGGCCUCGGCUGGACCCUGCCAGACCUGCGGAGACACAGUGUGCGCCUUCGGGGCCGUGUGCUCGGCGGGGCGGUGCGUGUGUCCCCGGUGCGAGCGCCCUCCGCCCGGCCCCGUGUGUGGCAGCGACGGCGUGACCUACCGCAGUUCCUGCGAGCUCCGCGAGGCGGCCUGCCAGCAGCAGAUGCAGAUAGAGGAGGCCCGGGCGGGGCCGUGUGAGCAGGCCGAGUGCGGCUCGGGAGGCUCGGGCUCUGGAGAGCACGGUGAGUGUGGGCAGGAGCUGUGCCGGCAGCGAGGCGGCAUCUGGGAUGAGGACUCAGAGGACGGGCCGUGCGUCUGCGACUUCAGCUGCCAGAGCGUCCUGAGGAGCCCGGUGUGCGGCUCGGACGGGGUCACCUACCGCACCGAGUGUGAGCUGAAGAAGGCCAGGUGUGAAUCGCGACCAGAGCUGUACGUCGUGGCCCAGGGAGCCUGCAGUGCCCCCACCUUGGCCCCGCUGCUGCCUGCGGUUCCCCUGCACUGCGCUCAGAGCCCCUACGGCUGCUGCCUGGACAACAUCACUGCUGCCCGGGGCGUGGGCCUGGCCGGCUGCCCUAGCUCGUGCCAGUGCAACCCCCACGGUUCCUACGGUGGCACCUGUGAACCGGCCACAGGCCAGUGCUCCUGCCGCCCGGGCGUGGGGGGCCUCAAGUGUGACCGCUGCGAGCCCGGCUUCUGGAACUUCCGUGGCAUUGUCACCGAUGGCCGGAGUGGCUGUACCCCCUGCAGCUGUGACCCCCAGGGGGCCGUGCGGGACGACUGUGAACAGAUGACCGGGCUGUGUUCCUGUAAGCCCGGGGUGGCCGGACCCAGGUGCGGGCAGUGUCCAGACGGCCAUGCCCUGGGCCCUGCUGGCUGUGAGACAGACUCCCCGGCACCCAAGACCUGUGCUGAGAUGCUUUGUGAGUUCGGGGCGUCCUGCGUGGAGGAGGCUGGCUCCGCCCACUGCGUAUGCCCAACACCCGCCUGUCCAGGGGCCAAUGCUACCAAGGUCUGUGGGUCAGAUGGAGUCACCUACGGCGACGAGUGCCAGCUGAGGACCAUCGCCUGCCGCCAGGGCUUGGACAUCUCUAUCCAGAGCCUCGGCCCUUGCCAGGAAGACAUCACUUCCGGCCCCCGUCCGACAUCUGCCUCUGUGGCCCCCUCAGGGCUUGACCUGAGCAAGGUGCUGCUGCCUCCACCCGGCGCCCUCCCCCCGGCUCCCAGCAGCACCGCUCGACCCACAUCGCAACCUUGGACCACUGCCAGCGUCCCCAGGACCGCUGCAAGGCCUGUGCUGACCAUGCCUCCCACGGCCCCCUCCCCGGCAGCCAGCCUCGCCACAUCUGCCUUUGGCGAAUCUGGCAGCGCCGAUGGGAGCGGCGACGAGGAGCUGAGUGGUGACUUGGAGGCCAGUGCGGCUGGCUCAGGAGGACUCGAGCCCCCUGAGAGAGACAGCGCUGGGACCCCCGGGCCACCCAUGGAGAGGGCGUCCUGCUACAACUCGCCUAUGGGCUGCUGCUCAGAUGGCAAGACACCCUCACUGGACGCAGAGGGCUCCAACUGUCCUGCCACCAAGGUGUUCCAGGGUGUGCUGGAGCUCGAGGGGGUCGAGGGGCAGGAGCUGUUCUACACGCCGGAGAUGGCCGACCCCAAGUCCGAGCUGUUUGGGGAGACGGCCAGGAGCAUCGAGAGCGCGCUGGAUGAUCUCUUCCGGAACUCGGACCUUAAGAAGGACUUUCGAAGUGUCCGCCUGCGGGACUUGGGGCCCGGCGACUCCGUCCGAGCCAUCGUGGAUGUGCACUUCGACCCCACCACAGCCUUCAGGGCACCCGAUGUGUGCCAGGCCCUGGUCCGGCAGAUCCAGGCAUCCAGGCGCCGGUCACUGGGCGUGAGGCGGCCUCUGCAGGAACACGUGCGGUUCAUGGACUUCGACUGGUUUCCUGCGUUCUUCACGGGAGCCACCCCUGCUGCAGCCACGGCCAGAGCCACCACUGUGGCCCACCUGCCACCUUCAGCUGUGACCCCUCGGGCCCUCUAUCCCAGUCACACAAGCCGGCCCGUCAGCAGGAUCACAGUGCCCUUCACCGCGCGCCAACCCUCCACCCCUGCCCCUAGCCGUAUGCCUGCACACCGGCCCUCGCCCCCAGGCAUCCUGCAGCCCCCAAGGCCCUGUGACUCCCAGCCCUGCCUCCACGGGGGGACCUGCCAGGACCAGGGCUCAGGUGGAGACUUCACCUGCCGCUGCACAGCGGGCAGGGGGGGCGCUGUCUGCGAGCAGGCACCACGCCCCUCCGUGCCGGCCUUCGGGGGCCACUCCUUCCUGGCCUUCCCCACCCUCCGUGCCUACCACACCCUGCGUCUGGCGCUUGAAUUCCGGGCGCUGGAGCCCCAGGGUCUGCUGCUGUAUAACGGCAAUGCCCGGGGCAAGGACUUCCUGGCACUGGCGCUGCUGGGGGGCCGCGUGCAGCUCAGGUUCGACACAGGUUCGGGGCCCGCGGUGCUGACCAGCUCAGUGCCCGUGCAGCCCGGCCGGUGGCAUCACCUGGAGCUGUCUCGGCACUGGCGCCAGGGCACUCUCUCGGUGGACGGUGAGACCCCUGUCCUGGGCCAGAGCCCCAGUGGCACUGACGGUCUCAACCUGGACAUGGACCUUUUUGUGGGUGGCGUCCCGGAGGACCAGGCUUCCGUGGUGCUCGAGCGGACCUCUGUCGGUGUCGGGCUUAGGGGCUGCAUCCGCUUGCUGGACGUCAACAACCAGCAGCUGGAGCUGAGUGACUGGCAGGGGUCUGCGACCCGAAGCUCUGGAGUGGGCGAGUGCGGGGACCACCCCUGUGUGCCUAACCCCUGCCUCGGCGGGGCCCCGUGCCAGGCCCUGGAGGCCGGCAUGUUCCACUGUCGGUGCCUACCCGGCCGCUUUGGCCCGACCUGUGCUGACGAGAAGGACCCUUGUCAGCCGAACCCCUGCCAUGGGGCAGCCCCCUGCCGCGUGCUGCCCCAGGGCGAGGCCAAGUGCGAGUGCCCUCGGGGCCGGGAGGGCAGCCUCUGCCAGACAGUCUCAGAGCGCGAGAAUAGCCAGCCUUUCCUGGCCGACUUCAGCAGCUUCUCCUACCUGGAGCUGAAAGGCCUGCACACCUUUGAGCGGGACCUGGGGGAGAAGAUGGCGCUGGAGGUGGUGUUCCUGGCCCGGGGUCCCAGCGGCCUGCUCCUCUACAACGGACAGAAGACAGACGGCAAGGGCGACUUCGUGUCGCUGGCACUUCACGACCGUGUCCUGGAGUUCCGCUACGACUUGGGCAAGGGGGCAGCGGUCAUCAGGAGCAAGGAGCCAGUGGCCCUGGGCGCCUGGACCAGGGUCUCUCUGGAGCGAAACGGACGCAAAGGAGCCAUGCGGGUCAACGAUGGGCCCCGUGUGCUGGGGGAGUCCCCGAAAUCCCGCAAGGUGCCGCACACCGUCCUCAACCUGAAGGAGCCGCUCUACGUGGGGGGGGCCCCUGACUUCAGCAAGCUGGCCCGGGCAGCCGCCGUGUCCUCUGGCCUGGAUGGUGCUAUCCAGCUGGUCUCCCUGAACGGCCGCCAGCUGCUGACCCGGGAGCACGUGGUGCGGGCGGUGGGUGUCUCGUCCUUUGCAGACCACCCUUGUACCCAGGCCGGGGGUCACCCUUGCCUCAACGGGGCCUCCUGUCUCCCUCGGGAGGCCUCCUACGAGUGCCUGUGUCCUGGGGGCUUCUCAGGGCUGCACUGCGAGAAGGGCCUGAUUGAGAAGUCGGCCGGGGACUUGGACACACUGGCCUUUGACGGACGGACCUACAUCGAGUACCUCAACGCCGUGGCGGAGAGCGAACUGACCAAUGAGAUCCCAGCCCCUGAAACUCCGGAUUCCAGGGCCCUUCCCAGCGAGAAGGCGCUACAGAGCAACUACUUUGAGCUGAGCCUGCGCACCGAGGCCACGCAGGGGUUGGUGCUGUGGAGUGGCAAAGCCACAGAGCGGGCCGACUACAUCGCACUGGCCAUCGUGGACGGGCGCCUGCAACUGGCUUACGACCUGGGCUCCCAGCCCAUGGUGCUGCGCUCCACCGUGCCAGUCAGCACCAACCGCUGGUUGCGGGUCAGGGCACACAGGGAACAGAGGGAAGGCUCCCUUCAGGUGGGCAAUGAGGCCCCUGUGACUGGUUCCUCCCCACUGGGUGCCACGCAGCUGGACACAGAUGGAGCCCUGUGGUUGGGUGGCCUAGAGAAGCUGCCUGUGGGCCAGGCCCUGCCCAAGGCCUACGGCACGGGCUUCGUGGGCUGCCUGCGGGACGUGGUGGUGGGUCGGCGCCCGCUGAACCUGCUGGAGGAUGCCGUCACCAAGCCGGACCUUCGGCCCUGUCCUGCCCCGUGAGCCACAAUGCAGCCACGACCCACCCUGCUGUAAUUAUUUUCUAUUUUUGUAAACUUGUUGCUUUUUUGAUAUGAUUUUCUUGCCUAUGUGUCAGCCGGAGGGACUGCUGGCCCGGCCUCCCUCUCGUCCAGGCAGGCGCGCUGCAGAGACAGACUUGGUGCCAAGGGACUCCAAGGGGUUGGGGGAGGAAUGCUGCACAUGGAGGGCUUGGCGCACUCAGCAGCCUUGGGACGUGCCCCUCUGCCUUGGGACACCGUGUCCUGGCCUCUCAGGCUGUGCCUUCCCCAAGUAUCCACUCGUGCUGGCCCCUGUGUUCCCCAGCCUGUCGGAGGCCCCGCAUACAUACAUUGCCCAUGUUCCAUCUGGCGAGGCCUGUGUCCCCAGAGCAGGUAGGCACUGUAGGGUUUAGGGUGCCCUUCCUCUGUGCAAGCCCCACGGGGCCUCUCUGGGUUCCCAUCUGAGCUGCCCCUCCUCCCUGCCUAUGCUGGGCGGGGCCAGCCUCACCAGGGCCCGCCGAGCCCAGGCCUCCUGUGCCAGUCCUGUGAAACAAUGUCACUGUUGACGCCAUGCUGUGCCCCUCCCUCCAGCUGAGUCCACCUGUCCCAGGGCACUGGAGAGCAGAGGCCGGGCACAGGCCUGUUCAGGGCACCCUGGCCCGCAGCUGGCCCUGCCCAUCCACCCAGCCACCCUGGACAUGGCUGUGUCCCCCCUCCUCCCCCCAAGGCCCCACGAGGAGCCCUGAGAGGGCGUGGGGCCACUUGUGAUGUGGUGGACGUCACUGCCUGCCUGCCGGGGGGGGGCCAGCAUCCCCUCCUGAGGAUGCACGUCCAGGCCUGGCCACCAACCGCAGAGUCUUUAUGUACUGAUUUUAUUUGACAGCUGGGGUGGCAGGGCUGUUGUCUUUCCUGUCCUGGCCCGAGGGCAGCUGAGGACGCCGCACAGCAAAGCUUCCCAGUUGUGGUGUGAGGAGGGGUUGUCCUUAUCCAGGAGUGACCGGGGGCGGGCUGGGCGUCUAGGCAACACCAAGGGGCAGGUGCGGGGUGGCAGAGACGGCUGCAAAGCCAGAGACGCCUUAAACUGCAAUGUUAGGUCUCAUCUGGUCCCGUCCCCCCGGCCGCCCUCACCUGUCCUGGCGGGGGGUGGCAGCCCCUCCCCCAGCCCCUCCCCCAGCCCAGCCAGGCUGUCAGGCUCAGAGGCUGCAGGAGCCUCAGAAGUCCUGUUACUAACUCCAAUUUGUGUUUGUGUCAAUCACCGUGAAAUAAAGUCUGAACACUUGCAA